CUCGGCCCUCGCCUUCCUCCUCGACGUCGCCUCCAAAAUGGCAAGUUCCUCUGCUCCGGGAGGAAAAUGUGCCUUCUGUAGAAAUGCAGCAAGAUAUACGUGCCCUCGAUGCAAUUUUGCAUACUGCUCAUCCAGUUGCUACAAGCAUGCAUCGCAUGCACGCUGCUCCGAGAGCUUCUACAAGGACAUGGUAGAAGCAGAGCUCAGAAGUGGGACUGUGUCAGAAGAAUCACGCAAGAAAAUGGUUGAGAUCUUGCGCCGUGUGGAGGCUGGCGAAACUAUUUUACCUGAUAAUGUGGAUGAACCUCUGGAUUCGGAUGAUGAUGAUGAUGACAACCUUGCUGUUAGGAUGGCAGACAUCGACCUUAAUGACAGUGAGGCUGUCUGGAAGAAGCUCACAGAGAAGGAGCGCCAAGAGUUCCGACAGCUAGUGAACUCAGGCAGUUUCGAUGACCUACUCCCUCCCUGGAGUCCCUGGUGGGAGCAAGAAGUCCCACCAGUCCAGGAGAUCACCCCGGGUCACCAGAUUGUCCCUGCGUACGUGGCUAAAUGCCCGCCGCUUGUAGACGUUCCCUUACUUAGUCAAGUGAUGAAGGGCUCCCCGUCUCCAACCAUCCCCUUCAACAUCCUGAAUGUCCUAUCAGGAUAUGCUUGGACGGUUAGGCUCUUCAAUGGCGACCACCAGGAGAGUAGUGUUGAUGCCACGGAGGCCCUGCUCUCCCUGUCGGCUGUACUCUCAGCAAAUGCCAAUUUUGAGGAGGCUGCCAUCGCCGUUGAGAGCCCUAAGAUGGAAGCACAGAAUCACCCAUGGCUGAUGGAGAGUGAGGAGUUUGCAGGAACAGUGAGGAGGGAUGUGAUGAAGAUGCUGAAGGGGCCUGUGGCGUCAGACCAGACCUUCUACGUGAGGGCUGCACUCUCAGAGAUCCAUGUUCUGCUGAGCACGUGCAAGGCCUCCCUGUCCAAGAAGAAGAAGCCAGGCACAAGGAAAGGCCUAUUUACAUCAGCAUUUGGAGAAGCAAGUCAGCAUGUGGAGCUCAAGAUCACGACCUUGCCACUAGUCAAGUCCUCCCUAAAGAAGGUGGAAUUCCUGCUGUCAUUUGUUCUGGAAUACGCAUCUGCUAUCAUUAGUCUAACCCCAACUUAAACGCUUCAAGAGAAAACUCGGGCCACAGAAAUGAAAGAAAACAACUAAUGGGCUUUCUGUCGCGGCAAGCCUCUUCAUCUGUUUGAAAUCAAGUCUUUGACUGAGCUUUGGAACGGGGGAAAAACUGUAUAUGUGAGUUUGGGCUGUGACAGUCAGGCUCUGAAAUGGAAGGAUGUGUGUACACAUAUGGGAAUGUAGGCAGGACUGAGCUUGGAUAUUUUAAUUUCUCUCUCUCUCUCUCUCUCUCUCUCUCUCUCUCUCUCUCUCUCUCUUCUCUCUCUCUCUCUCUCUCUC